AUGACAAAGAUGGCGCAGCACACUGUCGCGUAAAGUCCUGCGUUUUCCUGCGGAUUACAUCGCGCAUUCGGGUGCUGCCGCCCAAAGGACAGCGAGGCGAAUCCCCGUGACAUCCCUUACUCUGCAUGAACUGUGCGUGUGGCCGUUUUUGGACGGACAGAUGGCGGUUUGGGGAGAUUUAGGUCGGAACGUGCUGUUCCUGUUAGGUCAAGUACAAAGGCGAGGACUGCACGGAGGCAGCGGAUUUGGUAGGUGCAAAACUUCAGUUCGGUGCAUGACCCAGGCCGCCCACCAACCCGAACCCGAGCCCGACGACAAUGAGCACAUCAGCAAAAAGUUCGUCAACAGAAACCCCCGGAAUCUGGAGCAGAUGGCGUUAGCGGUGAAGGACAGAGGCUGGUCUACAGUGUGGCCAUCCCGUCAGUGCUAUCACAGGCUGGAGUUCUCCCGCUCUCAGCACCACGUGACAGCGCAGGUGUUCUCGCCGGGCUCGGUGGCGCCGGUGCUGUCCUGCUCCACGCGGGAGUGGGCCGUGAAGCGGGAGGUGGGCUCCAUGCGGGCGGUGGCAGCCUGCCAGGCGGUGGGGGAGGUGCUGGCCCAGCGCUGCCGGGAGGCCGGUCUGCUCCGCCUCAGCUUCCGGGCCAUCCCCUGGCAGUUCCGCUCGCAGGCGGUGCAGAAGUUCUGGACAGCCAUGAAAGAGGGCGGGAUCACUCUCAGCGAACCCAGGCGGAAAUACGUCUGAUUGGACUUUACAGCGCAAUUGACUGUUCCACAGACAGACGCACCGUAUGGCAGAUUUUUGUAAAGAAGAUGCUGAAGAACUCUCGAGUUCCAAUAAAUAAUGUCCCCUUAUAAGGCUCUUUAAAUCAUUUCUUCUCCUCAAAUGUGAGGUGGCAUGCGUGCGUUCGUAAAAAUAUACAUCAGCAUUCUCCCAGGAAUACGUUACUCUCAGGCUGACCUUGGCAGUGGAUUUAGGUCCUCUGCAAGCAAUGCUGUACACAAGCUGAUAAGGAACUUGGGUCACACAAAAUUAAACUGCAGGCUGUACACCCUGUCGGACGGAACAAAUCGAGAAGGUCCAUGUGAGGGUGGGUACUUGCUGGGUGGCUCCAAAAUUUAAGCCCUUGGUUAUCGCCACGGUGAUAAAACAUAGUUUUUGUUUAAGUGGUAGAGUGAGAGAAAAGUCAAUGCUAUCGACCCUGAACUUGCAACUAUAUGCAACUACAUGCAAUACAGAAAUAUUGACAUUGCCGUUUUUAAGUGUGGUCUAGACUGUCUGUACUGUCCUGCUUUCAGUGCUUAAUGUACUUAUGAAUUUUUUAAAACUUUCCCUACUUUUAAGUCAUAUUAAACAUCCACAGAAACAAAAAUGUAAAAUGUGAUGUUUGAAAAAGAAAAAUAAACCCUCAAAUAAAUUCACCAUUAAACGUUAACUUGCCUUCUCUGCAGCCGUCACAGCUGAUUGGCUCUCAGCUCAUGUUCCUUC